AUGACUGAAACUGUCAACCCUAGAAUCCAUCUCAAUGAAAUUGAACAGAUCAGUGACACGCCAAUUACAACUAGCUCAAUACUUUCUCGAAGGCGUGAUUCGAUUAUCAGUGCACCGGUUCCAAUUAAAUUACAACUUGUAAAAGAUACACCAUCUAACAAUAUUGGCGAAAGUGAUUAUCUUCAAAACCCAAACACUCUCUUACCCACCGUACCUGAUCUAACUUUAAACCCACCAAGAACACCCGAAAGCUCUUCACAUCCUACUUUAUCAUUCGAACCUGCACCUUCAUUAAUUUUAAAUUUUGAUACUACACCACUUUCGAUGAGUAUAUCAAAAAAAGAAAACUAUCAACCAGAAGGAUAUGAACCUAAACAACAUUCAAUGGAUUCGAUUAGGAUCGGAGGAAACCAACCAUCCGGUGUGAAUGAUCGAAAAACUAAUUCGGUUUCGAUUAAUCAAGUCUUGAGUUGCUGUGAAGAUCCAUCACAAUCUAAAUGGAAUCCAUGGUCAAUCUUCACCACCACCACUAGAUCCAUGUCACCUGAUCCGAAAUCAUCGAGUAAACCUACCAAUCGAUCAAGACUUUCAUUAUUACCUAUCUCACCUAACAAAUUGAAUUCUAGAUCGAACAAAGCUGAUUCGAAUCAUUCAACUGACAUCAGUGGUCCCAAACCAAAACCUAAUCAACCAUCCAAUCGAAGUCCAAAACAUUCUAAAAGUUUUAUCUUGGGAAAUGGACAAUUACUUAGUUUACCCAAAUCUUUAUCCAACAAACAUUCGGGUCCUACCACACCACCACCACUUAGUCCACCACCUCCACCACCCGGAUCGUCAUCGAAUUAUAACACAUUCAAAGAGAUCAGAAAGAAGUCUCGAAGAGUUUCUGAAUGGCUUUCACCUAUGAAGUAUGAUCGAGAUGCAGAAGAGAUUGAACAAGUCACUGAUCAUUCAUUAAAGUUCAAAACCCAACUGAAACCUAAUGACUUGGUGGAUGGAAGUAGUUCUACUAAGAAUCUUUCGAAUCGGUUGUGGACUUCUACUAGAUCCAUUUCUCAUUCUCGAUCUGAACCGAUGAUCAAAUCAGAAGAAACUUCCCCCAACAGUAGUCAAACUUCUCCUGAUCGAAUCCAACCUGAUCUUACCAAGACUUCUAAUCCUAUUAAAUCAAGUUUGACGAAUGAUCAACUUAAUAAGAAGAUUAAGAAUGUUGAUGAUCCGACUGCUGAUUUGAAGAUUGGUAAUGAAACUAGACAUUCAUUGAGAAAUUCGAAAUUGUUGAACCGAUUGAAACCUGAUUUGAAAAUUAAAUCGAUUUGGUAA